AUGCCUGCGGUUGAUGCUCAGCUCAAUGACAUGCUACUCGUACCGUCUCUCGACACCACAGUCCCCGAUUUCAUGCAUCUCGACUUCUUCGCUGGCCCCAAAACAUCUUCAUCGAAGGACGAUGUGAGCAAUGUUGACUGGUUGUUGAAUGACUUCGAAAUACCUUUCUGGCCGGCACCGUUCGACCUCCAGACUGAGAUUCAACUUGUAGAAAACAUUUGUCAGAAAGAAGCCACGAUACUACCAAUACAAAACGCACCACCACACAAUCCAGGCCCUGGUUUGCCUCCCACACCAGUCUCCAAUCCUGGCGACCUUUUCAGUCGCAGUCACACGCCAGUUUUGGACAGAGAUGCAGUCGACAUUCGUAAAUAUCAUCCUACGGACAUAGAAGUGGAUGCACCAUUGUCUUGCCCAGAGAUUGACCCAGGAUCGCUUGUUAGCGCAGAUUUGGAGGAUUUUGCCCAUGUUGAGAGUCUCUCUCACAAUCAGUUAGACGCUAUAAAUACUCUGAUUGAUGACAUGGAGAGCAAACCUCAUUAUCCGUUCUUCAACAGCUUGAAACUCCCACCAAAAUCUGUCAUGAAUGCCUGGAUCCAACUCUAUUUUGAGUAUUUCCAUCCCGUCUUCCCAGUGUUACACAAAGCCUCAUUUUCUACUCUGGAAACGCCGCCGCUUCUUCUUCUGGUAGUUGCAGCAAUUGGCGCCCAAUUCUCCAACCUUCCCAACUCUCUCGCUUUCGCCCGCAGUCUCCACGAGCUUGUCAGAAGGUUAUCAUCACGUCAGUGCGAGUUUCAGAACAAGUAUGGUCGAACAGUGUGGAUGACACAAGUGGUUAUGCUGAACGGCUUAGCCAUGUCGCAUUCCGGAGAGAGACGAGCGCUGGAAGUCUCCGAAAUUCUGCAAGCCGUACCUGUAGCCCUUGCGAGAAGAAAAGGACUACUUGAAGAUAUCUUGACCCACGAACGCAUCGUUCAAACACAAGCACGUCUCCAAGAAACGUGGAGACUAUGGGUCAUGGACGAGGAGAGGAGACGAACGGGUUUUGGUGUUUGGCUUGUUGACUGUGCCUUUGAUUCAGAAUUUAAUCUGACGACAGUCUUAAAUGCUCACGAGCUGAAGAAUUCGCUCCCUCAAGCUGAUGCACGUUGGAAUGCAGACAGUGCUCAGAGUUGGGCGAGCUACCCACCUGGUCUAGGCUCAGGCCGCACAAAGACGCUUGCAGAUGUCAUUGCGACCGACAGUUGGUUGUCCACUUGGUCAGAAACGAGUACACUAGGCAAACAAGCCAUCUUGCAAGAACUCCUGGAAAGAGUCCGGCCUUCAGGUUCCAUGAAUCACAAAGUGGCAGCUGUCUCUGACCAGGCCCAGGCGAAACAAGUCCUGGAGAGUCUUCUCUCACUUCUGAAAGAAGAUCAGGAUGUGUCUAUGGACAAUUUGAAAGCUUCCAUAGUGCACAAAGCCAUUUGUCUAACGGCACUAUUGAUUGGCCUCUCCCCAGCACUCGACCUCACCAAGAUCGCCCUCAGCUGUGUAUACAAUCAGAUGACCGACCAAGAGCUUUCACACAUUGCGAAAGUCUGGAGAGAAACACCCCAUCAGGGCCGCGAGGCAGUUUUUCACGCAGCACAUCUCUUCGAAACCAUCCGGAACAGUCACACAUCACAUUACGCAAUGCCAGCAUCUCUUCUUAGAGCUGUAUUAUCGCUUUGGCUAUACUCGGUCCUGUUCGACAAACCCGGUCUCACGGGUUUUACUCUUGAAUCGCGAGAGUCGGCUUCAAUUGCUCUUGGAUCCGCACGCACCGAGAACGAUCAAGUCCGGGACUGGAUAGCAGAUGGGCGUGGCCGGGUCAAGCUGCCCAGUAUUGCGGAUCUCCUCUGCCGGCAGGGAAGACGAACUCUACUCAAACACUCUUUAGCGGCUAUGAGCUCUCUAAAAGGUUGGGGCAUCAGCAGGGGCUACCUGCAACUUCUAGAGCGCCUCGAAGCGAGUGAGAGCGAAUCCAUGACCAAGUGA